AUGCGGUCGGCCCUUGUUCUCUCCCUUGCAGCAGCAGCGCUGGCAGCGACUCCGGCGGAAUGGCGCUCGCAGUCCAUCUACUUUUUACUCACCGACCGCUUCGCCCGCACCGACAACUCGACAACUGCUGAAUGCAAUACUAGUGCAGCCCAAUACUGCGGCGGGACAUGGCAGGGCAUCAUCAACCAGCUGGACUACAUCCAGGGCAUGGGCUUCACGGCCAUCUGGAUCACUCCGGUGACUGCUAACCUCGAGGAUGGGGCCCACGGAGCUGCGUACCACGGCUACUGGCAGCAGGACAUAUACGCCCUCAACCCGCACUUCGGCAAUGAAGAUGACCUGCGCGCGCUCGCUGACGCGCUGCACGAGCGGGGGAUGUACCUGAUGGUCGACGUAGUUGCCAAUCACAUGGGAUACGACGCCCCUGCCUCUUCGGUGGACUACAGCGUCUUCAACCCCUUCAACAGCCAAGACUACUUCCAUUCCCCUUGCAACAUCAACUAUGAUAGCCAGGACUCGAUCGAGAACUGCUGGCUGUAUACGGACGCCGUCAGCCUGCCGGAUGUUGAUACCACCCGGCAAGAUGUGAAGACUAUCUGGUAUGAUUGGAUUGCGGAUCUUGUGUCGAACUACUCUAUCGACGGUCUCCGCGUUGACACAGUCAAGCACGUCCAGAAAGACUUUUGGCGUGAUUUCAACAAUGCCGCGGGUGUCUAUGCUGUGGGCGAGAUCUUUGAUGGUAACCCGUCGUAUACAUGUGCUUAUCAGGAUGUUAUGGAUGGGGUGCUGAACUAUCCCAUGUACCUUUCUCCCCUCCCGUCAUCACCCUUGUCUAGUCUAACGGUGCAAAGCUACUACCCCCUUCUCAGGGCCUUCAGCUCCACAUCCGGCAGCAUCAGCGAAUUGGCCAACAUGAUCGAAACAGUCAAGUAUAUCUGCCCUGACUCCACGCUGCUGGGUAACUUUAUCGAGAACCACGAUAACCCGCGCUUUCCCUCGUACACGAACGACAUCUCGCAGGCCAAAAACGUCCUUGCCUUUGUCAUCCUCUCGGACGGCAUCCCCAUCAUCUACGCGGGUCAAGAACAGCACUACUCCGGUAACGCCGACCCCGCAAACCGCGAGGCAAUUUGGCUAUCUGGGUACGACACCUCAAGCGAGUUAUACAACUUCAUUGCCGUGACCAAUCAGAUCCGAAACCAUGCUAUCUAUCUCGACGAGAGUUACAUUUCUUACAUGAACUAUGCCGUCCACACAACCUCCAACACACUCGUCAUGCGCAAGGGCUACGAUGGAUCGCAGGUUAUUACGAUUCUCACGAACGCCGGCUCUGGAGCUGGGUCUUCGACGUUCUAUGCUCAGAAUACGGGCUACGCUGCGGGGACUCAACUCAUCGAGGGCUAUACCUGCCAGGAUAUUACGGUAUCGAGUAAUGGCGAGGUGCCGGUUCCUAUGAGUGGUGGUUCGCCACGGGUACUGUAUCCGCGAGCGCAGGUCGUGGGAAGUGGAAUUUGUGGAAGGUAG